AUGGCCGAACACACAUCCAGCCAUAACCCCUCGCCAACGGUCUCGACGCCGGACUUCCCGGAGCUCGACGAGCUCUUUCGCGAGGAGUGGAGUAGAAGAAACCAGCACCUCGAGGCCGCCAAAAAGCCUGACGGACAAGGCGGCAGCAAUGGAGAUCCGCGAGGGGGAGGUUUCGGCAGCAGCAGCAGCAGCAGCAGCGCCAAAAGAAGGAGCAUCGACAUGGACAGCCCCGACCAGAGCAGCGUCAGUGCCAAAAGGAGGAGUCUUGGUCAGAGCAGCCCGAGCCAGGGCAGCAGCAGCAGUAGCAGCAGUAGCAGCAGCAACAUAAAGAUCCCCAACCAAUACCAGAGAAGGAACAGCAGCAGCAUCAUGGACAACAACAACAACAACGACCUCAGCAGCGGCAAAGGCAAAGGCGAGAGCAACAGCAACAGCAACAGCAAUAGCUACAGCUACAGCUACAACCCCAGCCACAGCUCCAUCCCGCCGCUCAACGACAACGUCGCCGUCGCCAUCUUCGUCCCCCUCACAAACGGCCAGGCGCUCCUCUCGCCGCCCGCCGCCGCCGCCGUCGUCCCCGAGACGCCGCCGUACUUUCUCGAGAAGCUCGAGCGCCUCACCACCCACGAGGCCGCCGUCCGCGGCAACAUCGAGGCGCUCUUCGGGCUCGAGUACCUGCGCGUCCGCGCCCACGUGGCGACGGCCUACCCCGACGACAGCGCCUUUGACUACUAUGGCGCGACUGCGGCCGUCCGGCCUGUCCAGGACGCCGAUCUCAGGCAGGAUCUGGACGCCAUGAUUGGCAACAUGCGCAGCAAGCUGCCGGACCCUCCUCCAGUGGGGGGGAACCUCGACCUCAAUCUCGCUGCUGCUGCUUCUGCUGCUGCGAAUCUGAAUCUCACAAAGGACGUGGGCCUGCCCGACAUGGACGUGCCCAUCACCUACCACCCCCUCAACUCACCCCGCGAAGCCGCCGCCAACGACGUCCUGAAGCUCCUCGGCGAUGCCGCCACCCAGCUGGGCUUUUUCGACAACCACAUCCGGGUCAUUAGUGACGGCAUCAAGAAGGAGAUGCAGGAUGCCGCCGCGAGGGAGUUGAGGGAGAAGCAGGACCGGAUGGACACCGACUAG